ACGAUGCAAGCUUCAAAAACCAUAUCCCUUGUUGGUAGUUGACUCGUUGGUCACUGUUCUUGCGCCUUGCAACAUCCUUGCUCACAGAAUGCAACUCCAACUCUGACGACGAGGUUGACAGUGGCUAGAGCAAGGCCAGAUCCGCACUACAUGCUUGUUUUCUAGCUUACCCAAUGUUCAGGUUCAGCUUUGGUGGUCACACGGUCUUGCUUACACUUUGUUAGUCUAGGAACUCAAGCAAGCGAGCGCAUGCAACACAACCACCAUGGCUGAGGCUGUUGUCGGGGUACUGAUUGGCAAGCUAGGUGCAGCCUUGGCAAAAGAAGCAGCAACCUAUGGUGCAUCCCUGCUCUACAAGGAUGCCUCUGCCCUCAAGGGUCUUUUUGGUGAGAUCCGUAGAGCUGAGAGGGAGAUGGAGAGCAUGAAGGCCUACUUGCGUGAGUCAGAGAAGUUCAUGGAUACUGAUGAGACCAUGGGCAUCUUCAUCAAGACUAUCAGGGAACUAUCUUUCCGAAUAGAGGAUGUUGUUGACGAGUUCAUGUACAAGCUUCAUGGCAAUAAACACGGAGGAUUUGCAGCCAGGAUAAAGAAGAAGAUAAAACAUGUCAGGAUUUGGCGCCGCCUAUUUCGAGAACUUCGGGAUAUCAAUACCGAGCUUGAAGACACUGUGAGAAGGAGGGACCGUUAUGUAAUUCCAAUAAUGGAGAGACAUACUGGAAGCACUCAUCAUUUUGCAAGGGAAGAUACCAAUCAAGCUUCGUGUUUUCCAAGGGAAGAGGAACUAGUGGGUAUUGAAGAUAAUGCAUCCAAGCUUAAGGGGUGGCUAGUCGAUGACUUGGAACAAAGGAACAGCAAAAUCACCUCAGUUUGGGGGAUGGGUGGAGUAGGCAAAACUACUUUAGUUGACCAUGUGUAUAAGAGUGUGAAGUUAGAUUUUGAUGCUUCUGCAUGGGUAACUGUGUCCAAGAGUUACAAAGUUGAGGACUUGCUGAAGAAAAUUGCUACAGAGUUCUGCAUGCCAGUCAAUUCUAGCACUAUGAACAUGAGAAGAUUAGUUGACAUCAUCCGUAGACAUCUUGAAGGUAAAAGGUUUAUCUUGGUAUUGGAUGAUGUUUGGGGAAAAGAGGUGUGGAUAAACAAUAUCAUGCCAGUUUUUCCAGCUAAUUGUACUAGGAGAUUUGUUCUCACCUCAAGAUUAUCUGAAGUUGCAUCUCUGGCAAGUAGUAACUGUGCAAUGAAACUGGAACCGCUACAAGACCAGCACUCUUAUAUGCUAUUUUGCAAGUUAGCCUUUUGGGAUAAUGAUGACAAAAGGUGUCCUUCUGAGUUAUCGGAUUUGGUCCCAAAGUUCUUACAAAAAUGUGAAGGUUUGCCUAUUGCGAUUGCAUGCUUAGGCCGCCUACUAUCCUGUAAACCCCCAACAUACACUGAAUGGAAAAUUUUGUUCGACGAGUUAGAAUUGCAGUCAGUUGGAAACACAAUCCCUGGUGUUGAAACAAUUCUGAAAGUCAGCUUGGAGGAUCUUCCAUAUGAACUGAAGAAUUGUUUCUUGCAUUGUGCACUAUUUCCUGAGGAUUAUGAAUUGAAGAGGAGGAGGUUAAUUAGGCAUUGGAUUACUUCCGGAUUCAUCAAGAAAAAGGAAAAUAAAACAAUAGAAGAAGUCGCAGAGGGGUACUUGAAUGAUCUUGUGAACCGAAGUCUACUACAAGUUGUGAUGAACAAUGAGUUUGGACGUGUAAAAUGUUGCCGAAUGCAUGACGUCAUCCGCCAUAUUGCCAUUGAAAAAUCAGAGAAAGAAUGCUUUGGUAAUGUUUAUGAGGGCAAGACUCUUUUGGUACAUCGAACUCGUAGACUGUCAAUACAGAGCAACAAUAUUGAACUGUUAAAUUUGUCUGGUGCAUCACAACUUCGCCAAAUACAUGUUUUUAAAAGGUUUGUUGAUAUUGAUCGGCUCACGCCUAUCCUCUCAUCUUCAAUUUUGUUGUCAACAUUGGAUCUGCAAGGUACUGAAAUCAAGGUGCUGCCUAAUGAGAUCUUUAGCUUGUUUAAUCUGCGUUUUUUGGGCCUUCGAAAUACGAAAAUUGAGGUUCUGCCAGAGGCCAUUGGAAGGUUAGCAAACUUAGAAGUACUGGACACAUGGUUUACUUGUCUGCUAUCUAUACCAAAUGAUGUAGCUAAACUGAUAAAGCUUAGAUACCUAUAUGCAACUGUAAAGGUCACUGAAGGAUCUUUCUCGCGUAAUCGUGGAGUGAAGAUGCCAAGGGGCAUAAAGAACUUGACAGGACUGCAUGCUCUGCAAAAUGUUAAAGCUACCUCAGAAACCCUAUGUGAUGUUGCAGCUUUGACAGAGUUACGGACAUUUUCAGUUGACGAUGUUACAAGUGAACACUCAUUAAUAUUGAGGAAUGCUCUUCUGAAGAUGAGCAAUCUUGUCAGUUUGUCAAUUACUAGUAUGUCAAACGCAAAUGAGGUAUUGCCACUGGAAGAACUCUGUUUACCAGAAAGUCUUUGUAAACUUGGACUGACAGGGAAGCUCAAACAGAACCGAAUGCCUCAUAUUCUGUCAUCUUGGUUGCACCUUAACAAUCUCACUCAACUCUAUCUGAUGUCCUCCAAACUUGAUGAGAAGUCAUUUCCUACCCUCAUGGUGUUGCAUAGUUUAUGCUUAAUUACCCUUGAUAAGGCUUAUGAUGGACAGACAUUAUGCUUUCCUUCACAGUCAUUCUCAAGGCUGAAAGAAUUACGAGUAUGGUGUGCUCCAUGGCUCAACCGAGUUGACAUAGAAGAAGAUGCACUGGGAAGCCUUGCUAAGCUAUGGUUUGUGGAGUGCCCAGAACUCAAGCGCCUCCCUUAUGGCCUCAAGUAUCUUACGAUCCUUGAUGAAUUACAUUUGGUAAAUACGGCAGUUGAGUUUAUGGAGUUGGCAAAUGAAUGCGAGGAAGAACUUAUGAAGAUUAGCCACAUUAGAAAGUUUACUAUCAUAUCAAACGAGAAAAACUUUAGGCGAAGAAGUGUUCCCAGCGAAGGGAAUGAAUUCGCUGCCUGAAGGCUUUGAUGCUAGCUACUACUCCCAGAUUUCGCAUACAAGAGGUAUUUUUCCUUGGUCGCUGAACUUGUAUUGAGCUAGCGAUCGAGGUGGCACAUGGACACAUCCAGCAGCGAAGGGAAUGGCAUAAAUUCUGCAUGGGUUCAGGUUGAAGAAUGGAGUGUGUCCGUACGUAUUUAUACUUAAGAAAAGCUAAGUGCAAACAGUUCUGUUAAUUGGGUGCUACAUGUCAUGGAAAUUGGGAUUUCUAUUAAUUUGAGAAUACUAGUCUACCAAUUUGUGCUCCUACACGGGCUAAAAUCUUAUGCAUAAGUUUUUCUACAUGCUAAUGCUAAAACCUUCUGUAAAAAUUACUUAUUUACUAUUUGCUUAUUUUUAUUUUAAUUUAAUUUCAGGGGGCUGCAGCCCCCUAUUCUUCAAAAAGAAUUACUUAUUUUAAUUUGCAUGUUUUUCUUUUUGUUUAUUUAUAACUUUGUGUACGUAAAGAUAUUUUUGAUCUUAUGUCUAUAAUUUUUCUCUUUCUAAAUCACACCUCCCUGUAUAUCUUCAGUAU